ACCCCUUGUAAGAAAUUUCAUCCUUACAAACACGAACGUUUCCCCAUUUCUUGGCGUCCAAAUUCUCGGCAAACCCUAAUCGCAGAUCCCAGCAAGUGCGACUACCUCGAUCUUUAGUAAUCGCCAUGGACUACGCAUCUCAGAGAAGAGGUCAAGGAGGCCUUUUCGAAGGUCUUUAUAGAGUUAUCAUGCGCCGUAACUCCGUCUACGUCACCUUUGUCAUCGCCGGUGCUUUCCUCGGAGAACGGGCUGUGGAUUAUGGAGUUCAUAAGCUCUGGGAAUACAACAAUGUUGGGAAACGAUAUGAAGACAUUCCGGUGCUAGGUCAGAGGCAAUCAGAGGAAUGAAAGUGUCCCCCUGUUUCGUUUCUUUUGAAGUUGUUAUUAAGUGAUUUCUCUGAGCAUACACCUAUUUGGUAGCAAUGCGCAUUGUUACAAUAAAUUGUUGCUUUUUUCGGAGAAACCUGCAUCUUUAUUAACAUUGAGUUAAUAAAAUUAAUCAGGAUAUUUCUGAAUUGUG